CAGCAUGAAAAAGAACCAGACGGUGCAGGGCACCUUCAGCAAACUCUUCGGGAAGAAGCACGCCAGCUCCGCCACCACCUCCCUCUACGCCACCAACCCCCCCUGGAUUUUCACCCAGGAGGCCCCGGAGGAGGGGACCAGGGAUUUUGAUGGGAUCUAUUAUGGCGACAAUCGGUUUAACACGGUGAGUGAGUCGGGAACAGCCACGCUGAAAGCUCGGCCAAGAGUCCGGCCCCUGCUGACCUUCCUUCCACUGAAUGCCCAGGAGAACCAUGGGCUGGCUGUGCCCACUCCCUCUGUCCCAGAAGACUUUGCAGACAAAGAAGUGACAGGUACCAGCUCACUAGUCAAUGGCAACCUCCGACUGUACAGCUCUGUGGGUGACCUAAGGCCUGGGCACUAUGGCCAAGAUCCACUCAUCCCCCCACCUCCUCCAGGCCCAGCCCCAGGGCCACCCCAGGACACUUCACAAUCUCCAAGGGAGUCCUCACCACCACCUCCACCUUCCACAGCUCCCCCACCACCUCCCCUGCUGCUGGAACCCCCACCUCCACCCCCACCCAGCAUGGCCCCACCUCCACCCCCAGUACUGGGGGCCCUAUCCCCCCCAUCGACACCCACCCCUCCUGACUUCAUUCCCCCUGCCCCACCCUUGGCCUUUACAGCCCCCCCACCACUCCAUCUGCCAGUGCCAGCACCUCCAGUUCCAGUGUCUCCUCACACAAUGGGGACUCGUCUCUUUCCCCCUUGCAGAGUCACCAAAUGGAAAUCAGAGGUGGCACUGAAUGGCAGGCAGCCAGAGACUCCUAGAACCAGCCCCCCCAGGAGCCCUGCCGAGCCAAAGAGGAACUCCCUGGGACCUAACCCAGAGCCCCACCUCACCUUCCCCCGUUCGUUCAAGGUGCCUCCCCCAACCCCAGUCAGAACUUCGUCCAUCCCAGUUCAGGAAGUACAAGGGGCACUCCCAGUGGAAGAGGGGGCCACCAAGAAGGCAUCCAGUCGACUCCCACUGCCUCCUAGCUUCCACAUCCGCCCUGCAUCCCAGGUCUACCCAGAUAGGGCCCCUGAGCCAGACUGCCCUGGGGAGCUUAGGGCUGUGGCACCAGCUAGCCCGAGGCUCAGCCAGUCCCAGUCCCAGACAAACGAACAAACUGAGACUCCACCCCCAGCCCCUCCCCUGCCCCCUAUUGCACCCCCACUCCCUCCCCCGGCACCUCCUCUUCCCCCACCUGCCCCUCCUUUGCCUUCUGCUGAGAAGGCAGCCCCUCCAGCUGCUGGGUUUAUGAAAAGCACCAAAUCCAGCUCUCCUGCUCUCAAACCCAAACCCAAGCCCCCCAGCCCAGAGGACACAGCCUCUUCAGCACCUGUGGACUGGAGGGAUCCCAGCCAGAUGGAAAAGCUGCGGAAUGAACUGGCAGCCUAUCUCUGUGGCUCCAGGAGAGAGGACCGGUUCCUCAGUCAUAAGCCAGGCCCAUCGGUGGCCUUCCAGGGCAAGGAGGGCAAGAAGGACCCCAGCCUGCCAGAGAAGGAGCCCCCCCUGAACCUGCCAGAGAAGGAGAUCCCCCCAGAUGUUCCUGAGAAGCGUCCCUGCAGCAGCCUGCCAGAGAAGGAGGCCUCCGCCAGCCUGACCCUCCCUCCUGUGGACUAUAUCCACCAAGACUCUCCAACUCCCAGUGUCUGGCAGAUCCGGAAUGAGCUGGAGGCCCGGCUUUCUUCAUCAACGGAGAAGGAUGUGAGGCCCAGCAUAGGCUCUCUGCCUCCCAAACCACGGCUAGAAGGGGAAAGAAUCUUUGAAAAUGGAGCUGAUAAUGGCAAAUUCUCCAAGCCCAUCGCCAAGAAUCCACCACUUCUAUCCACCACCCCUCUGUCAACCACACCAGUCCAGUCCAAGACCAUACCUGGGUCAGCUGCACCACCCAAGGCCACACUUGGGCCAGCCAUGCCUGGACUGACCCCACCACCCAAGGCUACUCCUGGGCCACCCAUGCCUGGAUCAGCCACACCACUCAAGGCCAUGCCUGGGCCAGGUGCACCACCCAAGGCCAUACCUGGGCCUGCCAUACGAUCCACAACCACAGCUCUGCCCAUCACAUCAUCCCAGCUGAUGAUGGGGAAUGACCUGGUCCCAGCUGGGCAGUGGGAGAAGCUGGAAUGUCAAGCAGUUGCAGUGCCUACCCAGCCAGAGGCAGAAGGGCCCCCCUCGGAGGCCACUAGGCUGCCAACACGGGGAGCCCUCUCCUCUCCAGCUCUCCCACCAAAGAUGUCCCGUGGCCGAGAAGAGGUGCGAUUUCUCUACAAGCCCCAUCGCAGCCAGAACAGUCCCAGUCGAGAGGUUGCGGUGGUGAUACCCACCCUGGCCAGAGGAGAGGCUGCAGGGCUAGGGGAGCCUGUAGAAGUGAAGGAGCCCCAGGGGCUGCCAGCCAAACCCCCUGCCUCAGCCCAGUCGGCUGACGAACUCCUCAGGCACCCGGUGACCGGGGAGGUGGUGGAACGGGGCUCCCCGAUGGCCCUGCUCCUGGCAGCCAGGCAGAGGGCGCAGAAGGGGAGGUUUGGAGGGGCUGCCCAGGGGCGGUCCUCCCUGCCAGGAAGUCUCCGUGGCCACAGCAGCCAACCCGAGGCCGGCUAUGACAGCUUCUUCUACAGCCAGGGCCGGCCCAACUCUUUCACUGUGGUCCCCAAGUUACCCAAGGAGGCUGAGAAGGACUCCUGGCUGACCUCGUCAGCGCAGCCCUGGAGAGACCCAGAGAGCACAGAGCCAAGGCGGCACAACUGUAGUAAGGCGGGGCCCCAAGGCCCUGUGGCCUGGGAAAGACCAGCACCCUCCAACCUCCCUCAGGGCCGCUUGCUGCCCAAAUCCUCCUCUUCCCCACCUUCUCCUUCCUACAAGAGAGAGGAGGAGGCGGAGGAGUUCAGCUUUGAGGUCAUCCCACCGCCGCCAGAGUUCAGCAAUGACCCUGAGCCCCCAGCUGCGGCCCCGGCCCUGCCGUCUCUGGGCCGCCGGGACUCCCCUCCCCGGAACAACUUCUCAGACUUGGGGCAGCCCCCGGACGCGGGCCCCGCGGCGCCCCCCGCUCGCGGCUUCUCGCGCUUUCCCGCGGACGCACGCUACGCCGGCGCCGGGGGCCUGGAGCGCCCCGAGAUGCGGCGCGUCAACUCGGCGGGCCGCGCGCCCCCCGGCGGCCUGCACGCGCGGAGGCUGUCCCUGGAGGGCGCCGCCCGGGGCGCCGGGGAGGCCAAGUAUAAGGCGCCCGGCGGCGGUGACUACGGCUUCGCCCCGGCUACGGGCAGAUCUCCCCAUGGCACCCCCCACUACGGAAACCCCAUCAACACGUUCACCGUGAGACCGGGAACCCGCCAUCCUAUCUCCUAUGCCUACUCAGGGGCCCAUCGGAAAGCUACCUCCUGA